AUGGACAGGGUUCUGAAGCGGGUCGGCCUUACGAAAAGAACACAACUCGAUAAUGAAACACGUUUGACAACCGAUGAAAACGUAAAAAUCCGUCGGCGAAGAAGAUCUAAAUCGCGAAGGAGAUAUCAGAGUAACACCGAAAUUAACAAAAAGUCUCGGGGAUUGUUUAAUAUUGAUUGGGAUGUUGUAAAAGACUGUAAAUCCUGCAAGUCAAAAGCUAUAACAAGGCGAUUUUGCAGCAAAAAAGUUGACAACGAAUUGUACAGAUCGAAUAGCUUUAAAUUUGAGAGGUUUAUACGAAAUGGCGAGGACUUAUCACCUAUUAAACGAAAAAUAUCUUUAUGUGAGGAUUACAGCUUACCUGCCGACCAUCUUGCAGAACUAGCAAAAAGAAGACCAAAUAGUAUUGCUGUAACUAACAACUGUUUUCUCUCUCAAAAUUUCUCUGAUCUUAUUCUAUCCAGUCCUGAGGUUGAACAUGUCGUAGUCCUAGACAUAUAUUCAACUCCAAGAGAUUCUCAUCAAAAGCUUGCAAAUCAAGAGGAAAAAUAUUUUACAAGUCCCGAUAAAGAAUAUUCACAGCCAUAUACCACAGACGAAUCUGCGAACCCUUCCGUUGACGAAGAAGACUUUGCUUAUCACCCAGAGGAAAAGACCAAUCUGCCCAAUUUAAAUUCACCAGAUAGUGUCAACGAAUUUACCGUACAACCUCCUUUAUCUUUUCUAGAUGUUGUGUCUCCAACUAAGACCGAACAAUCUGUAACCAAAAGGCACCCUUCCCCAUACUAUUACGGUGAUUUGUUCAAAUAUAAAACUGAACAGCAUACUCAGUCAUCCCCUAAAAAAGCCACUUACGCAAGCGUUAAAAAAAAUCAAAGUCUUAAAGAAGGUUAUCAUAAAGGAGAGAUUCAUAAAAGGACUAAAAGUUUUAGAAAGCAUAAAAAACACGAAGGAAUACAGCAAAAUGAAGAAAAGCAGAAGUCCUUAAGAAAACGCGAGUCGUUUAAACAACAAAAAAAAACAUCGUCAGCCGACAGUCAUAGCAACUCAUCACGCGAUGAGCCGAACGAGAAACUUGAAGAGAAUCAGGAUUCCAAGUCUUUAAAUCUUUUAUUUUACCCUGAAGAUGGACUAGUAGAUAUGACUCGUCAAAGACAUGUCUAUGAGACGGCCUUUGAUUGUAGUAUCAACAAGUCCGAUGAUGACCUGGAUCAGAUUGAAAGAGUAACAAACCAUCCUGUUCUUGUUCAGUGGAACAACGACAAAUCCGGAUCGGAGUCUUCAACCAAGGGCAAAAUUCCUACACUUCUUAAAGCAACUAAGUCAAAAACAAAAGAAGAUAAUAAGCCGAGCCAUUCUAAAGAAGACAAUAAUAAAUCCAUUUUAAAUUUAUCACAAACUUUUCAGAAAAUACGCUUAGGAAGUGAAGUAGCAACUUCAUCAUCCCUCGGAGGUUCAUCACUGUGUGGUUAUACACCAUCACCACCGUCCACUGCCCCGCUUCCCUCUAAAUUUCCAGGAAAAGAGCUUAUGAUGAAUUCUAUAAGAAGCGCUCCCAAUCUACCAUCCAAAACCCAUGCCAAAGAAUUAAAUUUGCCGAAUAAAUCUCUUAAGAGUAGAUCCUCGGCUAGUAGUAGUGGAUCUCUACAGAUCCGGCAUGGAAGUGCCUUUGAUAUUGAAUUUGGAAGCAGUUCUAACAUAAAUCCCCUAAUAUCUGAAUUUAAAGGACGGCCUGGUAAUUCUAGGGAACAAACAGGAGAAAUGGGAAGGUUCUCUGAAAUUAAGAGUAGGCCUAAACCUAAUCUUCUAAUGGUACCGAAAGAUAGCGUAAUAAGAAGAAUAAGGCAUAAAUAUUCAUCUACCGAAAGCAUGACUACAAGCAGUAGUGGAGGUAGUAUGGAAAGUAUUAAAAGUAGCACUAGUGAAGGCAAUAGAAGUACCAGCAGUUCCUCAAGUCGACAGUCAGCUUCCUUAAGCAGUCACAGCUCGGACUCAGGAAGUAACCGUCCAAAAUAUUAUGCACCACCUCAAAAUUUCCUCAGCCAACAGGCAAGCAACAAACUACAUAUUCUUAGUCCAAUAUCAGACAAAUCAUCGCAAGAACCCAUUUCUGAAACGUCAGACAAUAACAAAAAUAAUAACUCUCAGAAGUGCUCGCCCGACGCGCAGAAUGAAGCAACCACCAGUGCCGAAGUUAAAACUACCAAGAAAAGAUUUCCUCAAAAUAAAAAUCUUUUAAGCCUAAAUUUUCAUCAAGAUCGGCCAGAAAUUCAAGGAUCAGAUAGUGGAAUUUCGAUACAAAGUAGAGAAGGAAUAAAUAAAUCAAGAUAUACACUUGGUGCCGCAGAUUUAUUAGGUCCAGCUUCUCAUCACGAUUUUUCGGAUCUCCCUUUCGACAUGCCUAAACUAAGAAGGCGCCGUAUAUUACUAGAUACUGCAUGCACAUCUGGAAGUGCUACAUCCAUAGAUUUUAAAGAGCUUCCCUUUGAUAUGCCGAAAUUAAGGCGUAAAUUACGACUACAAACAGGAAACUUAGAGGAUAGUGCAUCCCAAGCAUCCUCAAGCCAAAGCGUUUUGGAAGCAAAUAGAGGGCAUAUUCGACCAAAGCUAACUCUAAAUCUUGGAGAAGUGGAGGGGGGACGAAAGGGAUCAGGCUUAGGUUUAACACUAUCCGGCAUUGGUACAAAUGAAGGCGCAUCUACCAGUACUCAAAGCUGCCUAAACUUUGCCUUAUGUGAAAAUAUUGAUAUAGGCAUACCAUUAGAAAAACAAGGAUGGUUUCAUGGUUCAAUAACUCGAAUAGAGGCGGAAAAUAUAUUGAGGGCUUUACGAGAGGGCAGCUUUUUAGUUAGGAAUAGUGAAUCAAUAAAGAAUGAUUAUUCAUUGUCUUUAAAGAGUGCCAGAGGAUUCAUGCAUAUGCGGAUACAGAGAAGUAACGACAAUGGCUGUUUUAUUUUGGGACAGUUUAGCAAACCGUUUAACUCUAUUCCUGAGAUGAUCAAACACUUCUCCAUGAAUCGUUUGCCGAUAAGAGGAGCGGAACAUAUGUGUUUAUUACAACCCGUUAUAGCACAACUUUUGUAAUAACAAGCACUCAAUUAUUACUAAAUAGUAUUAAAAUCACUACAGUAAGUUUUAUAUUACUCAGCGGUAGAACUGUCAAGUUAUUACCAACAUUAUCAGCUUUGUAGUUUUAAGCACUUUCUGUGUGAAACAUAUCAUUUUAAUUUACGUUGUUAAAUUUUGCUAUUUAUUAGGCACCAUAUCCUUUAGUGGUUAAAAAUUUAAAUUUUAUAUUAACUAAUUUUUCAAAUUUCAACACUAACACCGUAGUAACUUGACAGCAUUAGCUAAUUUCUUAAAAACCUCUUGUUAAAAAUAGAACACAGCUUAAAGUAUCAAAUUGGAAUAAAAAUAUCACAUAGUACAAAAAUAAUCAAAAAGUUUAGACGUCAAAAGUCAACAUACAAUUUUUAAUAAGGGUACCUACUUAUUAUAUACAUAUGCUUCCAGCUGGCAAAAUAAUAAUUGUACAAACAAAAGCUUUUAGAGUAAUAUAAUAUUAGAAUUUAAACAGGAAAGUGCCAUACAUACAGCUUUUGAGAGGUAUAUAUACUAACUUAGCAUUUACCUAAGUUCUAUUGCUUUUGUAAACUUUAAUUUAAUCUGUUACUAAUGUUAAGAUAUCCUACAAGGAACUUAAAGUGCAAUAAAUAAAUUUUAUUCUUUACAGUAUUAUUUUGUUAAACAUUGUUAUAUAUCGUUUAGUUACUUAAGAUAAUCGUUUUAAACUUAUUGCCAAA